AUGGACUUAGGAGCUCAUUUGGUUAAUCAAGAUGCUAUGAGGGAGAUGAAAGAAAAUUUGUUUGAUAGAGUUGCACAGAGGAUGUUAGAUGCACUAGCAAGCAAUUCAGAAAAGAAGUUUAACAUUGAAAGACUGAAGGCGUUAAGAGCAACACAUUUUGAAGGGACAACUAACCGAGCUGAUGUGAAGAGGUGGUUGAGUUUGGUAGAAAAAUGUUUAAGGGUGAUGGAGUGCCAUGAAGAGAAAAGAGUUAAGUUGACAAUAUUCUUGUUGCAAGGAAGUGUUGAGGAUUGGUGGAUUCUCCAUGUGGCAAGGGUUGAAGUAGUAGACUUUGUUUCAUGCGAAGAGCAAAGAGUUUAUGAACUUGGUCAAGGCAAUAUGACAAUUGCAGAAUAUGAGAAGAAAUUUACUGAGUUAGCUAAGUGUGCAUCAGUCUUUGUGUUUGAGGAGACAAAUAAGUGUCAGCAUUUUAAAGAUGGUUUAAGGACAGAAAUUCAAUCUCCAAUGACAGCCAAUACGAAUAGGUCAGAUUUUCUAAGAUGGAUAAGGCUGCCAUGCGAGUUGAGAGGUGUUUGGGGGAAGAAGAGAAAGAGUUUGAGAAAAAAAAGGUCAAGUUCUAUGCUUAGCAAAGAAGUGGAAAUGAUAAGUGUUAAAGGAUCAAGGAAGCGAGCUAAAUCAAACUUUAGCGAUUGA